AUGAUAAUUGUGACUGAAUGCGCACAAUGGCAAGAGAUCCGCAAAACAAUAGCCCACAAAAGCAUAGGCCUGGUGCACACUAUGGGCAACCUGCACCCGGGUCACAUCAGUCUGUGUCAAAGGUCACAAAAGGACAACGAUGUGACAGUAGUGGCCAUUUUUGUAAACCAGACCCAAUUCAAUAACCCGGAUGAUUACCGAUACUACCCGCGUACCCUUGAACAAGACAAACAGCUCCUACACCAACAAAACGUACAGGAGACUGGCGAAAUAGGUGCGCACCUGGAGGGCGAGUACAGGCCCGGCCACUUCACCGGUAUGCUGACCAUUGUGCUGAAGCACCUGAAUGUCAUACGACCCACACAUUCCUAUUACGGGGAAAAGGAUUACCAGCAGCUGAUGUUGAUUGAGAAAAUGGCCAAGGCACUAUUUUUGAGUGUCACAAUAGUAGACUGUCCCACCAUAAGGGAUGACAAUGGGUUAGCCCUGAGCUCCAGGAAUAACUGCCUAUCGGAGGAAAGUCGUGUUAAGGCAGCAAAACUACCGGUUAUUUUAAGGGAUAGCCUGACAGUAGACGACGCUUUUGAGAGGUUAACUGAUUUGGGGUUUAAAGUGGAUUACGUGUGCGACCGAUGGGACAGGCGGUUGGCAGCCGUUUGCUUGGAUAAUGUCCGGCUAAUUGAUAAUAUAGCUCACGAUAAGCUGGGUAAACGUGAGACUAGCGUGUAG